AUGGUGGGAAGAAUGAGAGAGAGUUCACCAUCACCAAAUUGUUCAUUCACUAGUGCCAUGACACUUGAUGAAGAGGGACUAACCUAUGUUCCCAAGCGUUACGUUCUUCCACCAGCUCUACGCCCCGAUGGAACCCUGUGUAACACAUGCUUGCCAGUCGUGGAUCUAUCCUAUCUGCGACAGCCUCUUCUUCGGCCUCAGCUAAUCUACGAUGUACACCUGGCUUGCAAGGAACUUGGUUUCUUCCAGGUAGUUAACCAUGGAAUCCCAUUGUCAGUCAUGGACGACGCCAUAGAAGCUGCGAGAGAAUUCUUCGAUUUACCACCUCAAGAUAAAAGGCAUCUUUUAUCUUCAAAUGUUUAUGACCCCGUAAGAUAUGGUACCAGUCUAAAUCAUGUCAAAGACAAAGUACACUUUUGGAGAGACUUCCUCAAGCACUACGCUAAUCCAACCUCAACUUGGAUGGACUUGUGGCCAUCAAAUCCCACAUGUUACAAGAAGAAUAUGGGAAACUACACCACGGCAGCACAAAAGUUGCAAGAAGAACUCAUGCAAGUGAUAUUUGAGAGCUUAGGACUAAACGAUAAUUACUUACAUGAAGACAUUGCAGAAGGCUCCCAGGUCAUGGCAGUUAAUUGCUAUCCAGCAUGUCCUGAGCCAGAUCUUACACUAGGGUUGCCACCACACACAGAUUAUGGUAUGGUAUCCACCAUUCUACAAAAUCAUCAGGGUUUGCAAAUCAUGGACCGAGGUGAAAAGUGGCAUUCAGUUCCACUCAUUAAAGGAGCUCUCGUCGUUCUGCUGGGAGAUCACAUGGAAGUAUUGAGCAAUGGGAUAUACAAAAGUGUUGUCCACCGAGUAACAGUUAACACGGAGAAAAGGCGCAUUUCAAUUGUCAGCCUUCAUAGUCUAGCUUUAGGUAAAAAAGUUAGACCUGCAUCAGCGCUUGUUAACGAACAAAAUAUCUUGUCCUACAAAGAAGGAAGUUUCAGUGAUUUCCUUGACUUCAUUUCUGGAGAAGAUAUUGUGAAAGAAAAGUACAUAGACAAAUUAAAAAUAAAUCCAUGAUGAUUAUAGUCCACAGACAACAGAGCAGGCAAUACUGGAGUUCUCAUUUUUACACUCUUCCGACUCCAUUUCGGACGAUCUGUGUUUACACUUGUUAAAAUGAGAAGGCAUAUAACCAGUAGCCAGUUUUCUAUGUACUUUGUUCGGAUACUACUGGUGAGAGGCUCUUCUUUAUUUCUUUUAUUUAUUUAUUUUUAUUUUUUUUAUUUUUAUAAAAACAAUAAUAGCACCUCUUUGUUUACGCUAAGAGGCCUCACUGUAAAAAAUAAAUUUUGAACAACUUUACUAGUCAUUUCAUCUUAUCUAAGAUUUCCCACUUAUUUUCCAAAGAUCAAUAAAUUUUUGCACGACCAACAAAAUAAAAAUGCAUCAUCAGGAUCUGCAAUAGAUCCAAUGAUUUAUCUCAUUAGCAAAAUCGCGACUUGACAGAUUGAAGCCAGCGACUGGAAAAGUCAAAUGAUUUCCAAACUGGAAAGAAGUUCUAACAUUCAACAUAUCAAGUCCAGCUUAAGCCAAAUAUCAGUCAUAACACAAGUUUAGAACUUAAGCCACAUUCAUCACCGGUAGACACACUUAUGGGGAGCAUGUGCUCUCACACAAGGUAAAGUUUUGAUGGUAAUUGACACAAGAAUUAGUUAUAACCUCAAACUAAUUAGACCAGCAAAGAACAGUAUAUUGAUUUACAACUGCAGCCAUAUACAGCCAAAAUCACCUUCCAACAAUACAUUUUGUAAAUAUAUCGCAGGAAUAGCCAGCAUAACAACUGCUCUGACAUUAAUAUUAUCAUUUUUCGUGUAUUCUUUCUGGUUUUGUAUGUAGAAGUUUCCUUUGUAAGCUGACAUGGAAGCAUGGCGUCAAAACUCAAGUUCCAUGACUCAUUUAAUGCUCGCAUAUGAUCUCACUAAUGUUCAGAUACACAAGCUGUUUUCCCUCUGAUACGAUCCACUCAUUUCAAACCUUCUACAAACUAACUUGAAAUUAUCGCUAGGGUGGCAAUGGGGCAGGACACAGGCGGGGUGGGACAGGAGAGUGCUGUGUGGGGCAGGGCAGGGUGGGUCAAAAUAUAUU